AAUGAUUUGAUUCGUUUACAACAGAAAUACCUUUUUUAAUUGUUACGGGUUUCAUGAGUCAGUUACCAACGGCAACGUAUUUUCCCAGAGUUUCGCUGCACCUUCAAUGUGUUCUUCCAUAUACAAAAAUGAAGAAAAAACCCAUGAACUUUUCCACACGUUAUCUUCCAGAAAUCAGAAUCCCCUCAUUUGUUUGCGAUUUUGAGAAAGACAGAUUUUUGUUUGCUAUUUUGUGACGGAAUCUCGGAUUGAAACAUUAAUUCAUCCAUACCUGAAGGAUAAUUGUUCUUGAUAGAUAGUAGUAGUUGGAGUUCAAUGUUUGGCUUUGGAAAAAAGCCGCCGGCUUCUGCGAAUGCAAGCCCUUUGCAUUCUGAAUCCAAGCCAGCUAGCAAUGCUUCUACCAUUACAGCUGGCAGGAGAACAUCUUCAGAGCCAGCACUGGACAGCAUGACUGUGCAAGAGCUGGAAAACUAUGCGGUGAACCAGGCUGAGGAGACCACCAAAUCCGUUAGCAACUGCCUCAAGAUUGCGGAGGAUAUUAGACAGGAUGGGGCUAGGACCCUUGAGAUGUUGCAUCAGCAGGGGGAGCAGAUUCAUAGGACUCAUGAGAUGGCUGUUGAGAUGGACCGUGAUUUGAGCAAGGGGGAGAAGUUACUGAAUAGUCUUGGUGGAAUGUUCUCUAAGCCAUGGAAGCCAAAGAAGACUAAGGAUAUCACAGGGCCCUUGACCUCAAAAGACGACAACUACAAAGCAAAGCAAAGUAGGAAAGAACAAAGGGAGAAGCUGGGUUUGAAUGCGAAGGGGAAAUCAGCACCAACAACACCUCCUUGUGAACCAACGAACGCGUUACAGAAAGUUGAGAUGGAGAAGGCAAAACAAGACGAUGCGCUCUCGGAGCUUAGUGGUAUAUUGGGUGAACUAAAGGGAAUGGCUACUGAUAUGGGCAGUGAACUUGACAGGCAAAACAACGCUCUAGACCAUCUAGAAACAGACGUGGAUGAAUUGAACUCUCGAGUAAAAGGCGCCAAUCAGCGCACCCGUCAUCUACUGGGGAAGUGAAGUGCGACACACUAUCUUUUUCGUAGUAUUUUUUUAACUUCUUGUAUUAUAAAAUUUUAGUUCUUUGUAUUUACUUUAAUUUUUGUUGUAUUACUUGUAUAUCAUGAAAUGAAUGUGUUUAUAAGCAAUAAAUGUUGUUCAAAGGUUGGGUACAUUUGGUUCGUCAAACUUUGAAUUUAAGCCAAACUUUAAGAUGUAGCUGUCAUUAGUCAUGGACUCAUGGAUUAGUCAUACAUAAUCAGGUUUGACAAUCUCCUCCUCAACGUUCAUGUCCCAUAACCUUAAUAAUUACGGGUCAUUUCAAGUCAUUACGAGUCUGUUUCUUGUGUCAUUUUCCGCAUUGAAAGUAUAAUUUGCAAUACCA